AACCCACCACGUCGCCCCUCAUCAUGCCUCCACCACGGUUGCUAUUCCUCCCUCGCCUCUUCAAAAUUCGUCCCACAAACUGCCGAACGGUUAGGCCCCACUUCGCCUGCCCCGCCAUCCCAUCUCGAGCGCUUCACGUAUCGCCGCCACGCUUCGCCAUGUCCGAGUUCGCAGCUUAUACUGCCAAUGGCACCAAAACCGCCUCGCCGAGCGCGUCUGCCACUAACAGCAAUGCCUGGGGCUCCCAGAACAACCCCGCGGCGUUCGACUUCCGAUCAGACGUCACGACGACCCCGACGGCAUCCAUGCUGGACGCGAUCGCGCAGUGUACGCUCCUUGAUGAUGUCUUCAUGGAAGAUCGUACGACUCUUUCCCUCGAACGCUUCAUCGCCCAUCUCACGGGCAAGGAGGAUGCGGUUUUGGUCCUUUCUGGGACGAUGGGUAACCAGGUCGCGCUGCGGACACACCUCACUGCCCCGCCACAGGCAGUUCUGUGCGAUAGAAGGAGCCAUAUCAUACAAUACGAGGCUGGAGGGGUGGCGAGCUUGAGUCAAGCGCUCACACAGCCCAUUGACGCGAGCAACGGGAAAUACAUCACGUUGGAAGAGGUCAAGCAAUACGCGGUGGUGUCAGACGACGUCCACGCCUGCCCCACGCGCGUCAUAUCCCUCGAGAACACCUUGAACGGGACGAUCAUGCCUCUCUCGGAGGUCCGACGGAUAGCGGCUUGGGCUCGCGAACACGGUAUAAUAAUGCACAUGGAUGGAGCGCGGCUAUGGGAAGCCGUGGCAGCCGGCGCGGGUACGCUGAAGGAAUACUGCGCCGAAUUGGACAGCGUGAGCCUGUGCUUCAGCAAAGGCCUCGGGGCACCCAUCGGCAGUAUCGUGGUCGGCACGACGCCUUUCAUCAAGCGCUGUCGCUGGAUCCGGAAAUCCAUCGGCGGCGGUCUGCGGCAAGCAGGUGUAGUCGCUGCACCAGCUCGAGUGGCUGUCGAAGAGACAUUCCUUGGUGGGAGACUAGCACAGUCUCACGAGAACGCCAAGAAUAUCGAGAAGAUAUGGACCGACCUGGGCGGCAAGAUCGCGUACCCCGUCGAUACGAACAUGGUAUGGCUGGAUAUUGAAGGGCACGACAUUGACCUCAAUCAGUGGAUCGACCUGGGCGAGAAAUACGGGUUGCUGGUCAGAGGAGGAAGGCUGGUGGUGCACUAUCAGAUUGGCGAGGAGGCUAUCCAACGGUUGACGCAACUUUUCACGGAGGUGCUGACGGGGAAGGCCGGCACCGCGAAGAAAAGGAAGGCCGAAUUCGAUGCGGAAGACGUGAAGCUAAAGGGAAAGGGCGUGGAGUAGCUGAGAUAGGAGUCGCAACUUGAGCCUCCUGGGCCUUCCACAAAUCAACUGCAAUGUUGGCUAACAAGCAGCUUCCGGACGUCUCGAAUAUGGAAAGGCAAUCUCCGUCGCAUCAGCUACGAACUACCGUCGCAAGACACCCGUCAGCGUCGUCGUGAUCACAGGCCGAAACAGAUCAUCGAGGAUAGCUGUCCUGCGCCUUAUUUGGAACACCCACACCCCCUAGUGAGGAACGAUCCCUUUUCGCCCGUUCAGCACUCUCUCGGGGCAGGUUUCAGUCUAGUCUGUGUCUUCGGAUCCCACCCGGCGAAGUUGCUAAAGGGCCUGU